GAGAGAGAGAACGGCGACUCCAAAGACCACUUCCAGCACUUCCCGGUGGGAACGGAUCCGUUGGACAAUCAGGUGGCCGGACAUCGCUUCGGACACUCGCCCAACCAUUUGGCGCUAUUAAGACAUCUCGAGUCCAACGAUAUAUUGAAACCUAUUUGUGAUAAACGAAGUGAAAGAGAAUUCCGAUUGUAUUCAAAGAUCUGGGAUUCGGACCAAGACUUCCAUAAAGACAUCCAAACCUUAAGACAAUUUGUGCCCAAAAUUAACGGCAUUUUCGUCGACGAGAAGACUUCGCGCAAAUAUUUGAGACUCGAAGACAUCACGAAUGGUAUGCAAAACGCGUCCAUUUUGGACAUCAAGAUCGGGGCCAAGACUUUCGAUCCGGAGGCCACUGAACGCAAGAUCCACUCCGAGACCACCAAAUACUUGUUCGCACAACACUUCGGAUUCAGGAUCUUAGGCAUGAGAAUUUAUAACUCAAAAGACAACGAAUAUAUAGUUAAAGACAAGGAUUACGGUAUUAGUCUAACGCCAGACAAUAUAAAUGAAGCAAUAAUACUAUUCGUUCAAAACAAUAAGGCCUUAAUUACACAAUUCAAACAACAAAUGAAAGAAAUCGAUGAAUGGUUUCAGACCUAUAAUGUGGACAAAUGGCAGUUCAUAUCGAGCUCUUUGCUCUUCGCUUAUGACUGCAAUCAAAGUAAAGCUUUGGUCAAAAUGAUUGAUUUCGCUCAUGUGUUCCCACAUAAGGGCCGCGACGAGAACUAUAUGUUCGGAUUGAGACAAUUGAUCCAAUAUUUUGAUAACUUAUAA